GUAUUGUAUUCUUUUUUUCUAGCUAAACUUGUUUUCGGGUACCUGAAAUUAACCCAAUAAAAUACAGAUUCAAGCCAUUGAAGAACAGCUUAAUCGCUCUCGAUUCGUCUCUCCAUUUUCCAUUAACUUCCGACCAUGCUGCGGAGGUCUAUAUUGCAACUAUCUUCUCGUCGAUCAUCUGGACGAAUUUCACCACGAAUAACCACACAGAUACCUUUGUAUCUUUCCUCUAGGAAAGAAUACUCUGUUGCAUCUCAGCCCAAUACAUCUAAGGUGCCUGGCUCAACCGGAAAACCGUCAAACUCUGGGUCUGGGAGCAAUGUGUCUAAAGUUUUUAUCGGAACUAUAGCCCUAGGUGCUGCAGCUGUUGUAACAGCUUACCAGACUGGCUACUUAGAUAAACUUCUCACUAAAGAACAGAAUAAUGAUCUUAAUACACAUCCAAUUCCGGUUCUCCAUGAAGAACCUCAACAGUCGACGACAGUUAAUGGAGAUUUGCCCAAUGGUGAAACUGUAACACAAGUUGCUGUUCAAAAUGUUCAAGAGUCUGAGAACUCGAGUCCAACUGUUGAUGACGUUGGUGAAAAAAACAGCAACUUUGAUCCGUAUUAUGGUAGAACAGAAGAUAAAGAUAAACAGUCGGAAAUUAAACAAUUGCCAAAAUCAGAUGCUGUUUCUGACCACGAUAUCUCAACUUCUGAUACUGCAAGCAUUGAUUCCAUAGCACCGAUUAAAGAUGAAUUUAGCGCAAAAGACCAAGAUGUGAAGCCUUCUACAGAACAACAUGAGGGAGUUCAGAGCACCUCAAUACCAACUGAGGUUGCUCCAGUUAUUGAAGAAACUGCGAUAAAGUCUGAGCCACCUCAGCAGCAAGAGACUGCAGAUGUGACAAAGGCUAUCGUGAGCAACGAUGCCAAAGAGCCAAAUUCCCUUCUUGAUUCAUACCUUGUAGAGGAUCAGGUGGAACAAAAUCCUGCAACAUCUUCAUAUCCGGACAAGGAAGUAGCUGCGGCGGUGGAAGGUAAUGAUGAUGAUGAUGUGUUAAAGAAUGGAACAUUAAUUUUGGAUCUCUUGGAAGCCAUUCACGCAGCUGAAAAAAGGCAGGCGGAUUUGGAUGCGCAUAUUUUUUCUGAAGAGAAGAGGUUGAUGAAGGAGAAAUAUGAAAAGGAAUUGAAAGAUGCAAGAGCCCGGGAACUCAUGUAUGCCGAAAGAGAGACUAUUUUGGACAAGGAAUUACAUAAAGAAAAGAUAAAAGCAGCGGCUGCUCUCAAGUCACUUCAGGAAAAGUUAGAAGAGGAGUUCAGAAUGGAGAUUGAAAAAAAGGAGUCUGAAGCAGAAAUGGAGCUGAAUAAGUUAAAGGAUCUAGCAAAGGCUGAAUUACUUGCAGCGAUUACAAGGGAGAAAGCAUCCCAAAUUGAAAAACUGCAGGAGGCAAAUCUCAAUAUAAAUGCUUUAUGCAUGGCAUUCUAUGCAAGAUCUGAGGAGGCGCGUCAAAGUCAUUCUGUCCACAAGCUUGCCUUGGGUGCUCUUGCACUGGAAGAUGCUCUGUCUAAAGGAUUGCCUAUACAGAAAGAAAUAGAAGCUCUUAAAACUUACAUGGAUGGGGUUGAUAAAGACUCACUAUUAGGUUUGGUCAUGGCUUCUCUUCCUGAAGACACACUGGAAAAUGGGACCGAUACCAUAUUGCAGUUAAAUCACAAGUUUGAUGGCUUGAAAGGGACUCUGCGGCACUUCAGCCUACUGCCUCCAGGCGGUGGUGGCAUUUUGGCGCAUUCUUUGGCUUAUAUUGCAUCCGUACUAAAGGUUAAGGAAGGUGACAGUUCUGGUGACGGAAUUGAGUCGGUGAUAAACCGAGUGGAAAGCUUGUUAGCGGAUGGGAAACUUUUGGAAGCCGCGGAGACACUAGAAAAUGGUCUAAAAGGCAGCCAGGCAGCGGAAGUUGUUGGUGAUUGGGUCCGACAAGCCAGGAACCGGGCAAUCACUGAGCAAGCACUAACUCUCCUUCAGUCUUAUGCUACAUCUGUAAGCCACACUUGAAUCACAUUGCUCUUGGGUUCUGGGCAAAUAAAGACGGUGGCGUUUUCCGUCUUCAUAACCCUGAAAUAUUUAGCUUUGUUAUCGAGAAUUUGGCCUCUGAAAUUGACCCGAGUUCUUGUUGUGGUGUUCUUCGGUUGACACCUAUUUUUUAGUUGGUUGGUUGGUUGGAAUGCCAAUAUACUACAGUUUUUUUCUGGUUAAUGCUUGAAUUGUUGAGGCUAUAUUGACAUGUACCUGUAGUGAGAGACGUGCAAAUUGCUAUCAUGUUUAAAAAUACACACUAAAACACUUUACUUUCUAUAAAAUGAAUAACUUUUAGAACUA